AUGGAGCCAGCGUCGCGUCUUCUCUUCUUCCUGCUUUGUGCAUCGUUCUUCAGUGUCCCAGCGACGGCAUCACUCUUCCCGCCAUUUCUUCGCGACGCCGGCAGCGUUUCAGCCGCGGCGUCUGCCGCUGCUGGAGGCAGCAAGCCCUUGGCGAAAAAGCCGGAGAUUGUGAUAAAGUACAAAGGCAAGCUGCGUCCUACCAAGAUCAAUGGAAAAAUGGAGAAAGAGGGAGAGGGGAAUGCCCUAAACGGGACGGACGGGACGCACGGCGGUGGGGAAGGGAAUGGGAAGAGCGAGGAGGGUGCGGGUAUGGAUGUGGGGGAGGAGGGGAAGGGAGGUGCGCGGAAGGCGGAGGGGAGAGUGGGCGACGGCGGAGGAGCGGGGAUGGGGAAGGAGGGGGAGUUGAAAGCAGGCGUUGCCGCCGCUGAUGCUGGUGGUGUUGGUGGUGGAGCUGCCGCGGGUGAUGCAAGUGCUCCGGUUGACGCUAUGGAGGAAGAGGCGGGGCAUGCGGGGGAGGUGAGGGCGCAAGCGGACGCGGACAAGGCGGAAGACUCGCGGGGGGAGGGGGAGGAAACGCGGGAGCGCGGGGCGGAGGGAUCGGCGCGCAGCCCGCAAGGGGGUGGCGCGGACGGUGAAGGGAAGGACAGGCGGAGGGGGAAGGAAGGUGGGAAAGAGUCCGCGGAAGGGGAUCAGGGCGCGGAGGAGGAGGGGAAAGACCCGGGGAUGGAGCUAGAGAUGAAGGCGGAAGAGGAUACACUGGCGGAAGAGGCGGAGCAGGCAGCGGCGGAGGCGGAAGCGGAGGCGGAGGCGGAAGCCGCCGUGGCGGCAGCAGCCGCGGAAGCAGCGGAGGCGGAUGAGAAGAUGGGGGAGGGCGGGGAGAAGGGCGGAGGCGGCGGGGGAGGCGGAGGCGGCGGGGGCGGGGGAGGGGGAGGCGGGGGAAUGGAUGAGCCGUCUCAGAGGCCUCCGCAUGGGUCGGAGGUAUUCGUGGGGGGGAUCACGAGGGAUAUCUCAGAGGAGGAUAUUCGGGAGCUCUUCUCACAGAUAGGACAAAUUUAUGAGGUGCGCGUGCUGAAGGACAGGGAGACGGGCAACCUCAAGGGGUACGGCUUUGUGACGUUCUUCAACCGCCAGCAUGCGGACAAGGCCAUUGACACUCUCAACGGCUCCGAAAUCAAGGGCAAGAAGCUGCGAGUGACGCCCUCGCAGUCCAAGUACCGUCUGUUCGUGGGCAACAUUCCCAAGAGCUGGUCGCGGGACGAACUGCACACCACGCUGGAGGCGGAGGGCAAGGGCAUCACCAACCUCGAGCUGCUCAUGGACCCCAAGCUGCCAGGGCGCAAUCGCGGGUACGCGUUUGUGGAGUAUCACAACCAUGCGUGUGCAGAGGUGGCGCGGCGGCACAUGACAGCGCCGUCCUUCCGCCUCGCCGGCAACGUGCCCACCAUCAGCUGGGCUGAGCCCCGCUCCGAACCAGACCCCUCUGCUAUGGCUCAGGUGAAGGUGAUAUACGUGAAGGGCAUAUCGGAGAAGGUAACAGAGGACGAUCUGAAGGAGGCGUUUCAGCGCUUUGGCGAGGUCACGCGGGUCAUCCUGCCGCCCCCGCGCCCGGGGCAGCCCAAGCGGGACUUUGGGUUUGUGCACUUUGGAGAGCGGGCGGACGCGCUCAAGGCGAUUGAGACGCAGGAGAAGGUGCUCGUGGAUGGCAAGGAGGUCGAGGUCUCCCUAGCCAAGCCCCCUCCAGAGCGCCGGCCCGGCCCUGGGGAACCCCCCUACCCGCCCCGCUCCGCGCCAGGAGGGGGAGGGGGCAGCGGGGGCAGCGGUCCGGGAGGCGGCAGCAACACAGGGGGCGCUUCUGGACUGCAUCCCCAAUACCGCUCCGGAUAUGGCUAUGGGGACAUGGGAGGAGGAGGAGGGGGCGAAGGGAGGGCGUAUGGGGGAGGCGGCGGGGGGUAUGGGGGGAGGGAGAGGGGCGGGGAGGGGGCGUAUGGGGCUUACUCGAGGAGCUUGGGGGAGAGGGGCGGGGGCGGGGGAGGUGGUGGGGGAGGGGGCGGGGGAGGGGGGUUUGGGUCGCAGGUGCCGUUUAUAUACGGGAGGGGGCCGGCGCCGGCAGGCAUGGUGAUGGUGCCGAUGAUGCUGCCCGAUGGACGGCUGGGAUACAUCCUGCAAAGAGAGGGGGAGGGUGGGGGAGGGGGGUACGGUGGCCGAUAUGCCGCCGGGGGAGGGGCGUACCGAGGUGGGGGAGGUGGGGGAGGGGGAGGGUACUCAAGGUCGGGAGGCGGAGGUGCGGGUUACGGGAGUGUUGGGGGGGCUAGUGCCGAACACGUGGAAGGAUACGUGGAGGAGGAGAGCGAGGGGGUACAUUCGCGAGGCGGCAGCGUGGAGCGUAACGACAGCAGCAGCACAGGGCCCCUGGUGAAACCAUCUCCCCAGCUGUUGGUGCAACAAGCGGUGCUGCUGCAAAUGGCAGCGCUCGCUCACAACGACACCCCUCGCACCGACCAUGGCCUUGAGGUGCUCUAUUACUUUGCCAAUGCUGAAGGGACUCUCGCAGACCCUGCUGUCGCCCCCUCCGCUGCUUCGCUCCUCUCCCCCCUGCCGUGCUACUUCGGGUUUGCAGCAGACCUGUACCACUUUGGCCACUUCGCACUCAAGUUUAAAACACGGUACCGUCGGCUGUUGAACCACGGGGGAGCACGCAUUCUCUCCUUGCGCCCGCUCAACAGCGCAGGCUCCUGUGUGCAGUGCAGGGUGGCAGUAAGAGUGGCUCCUCUGGGAACCCAGACAAAAGAAGGGAAGCCGGGUGUGCAUGGGAGGCGGAUGGGCAGAGAGGAGGAGGGGGAACGGAUGGAGAGGAGUGUGGGUGAGGGGGAGGAGAGUGGGGGGGAUGGUGGAGGGGGGAAGAGGAUGGAGGGAAGUGAGGGGGAGGGAGAGGAGGAGUGGGUCAUGCAGUUGUCUCAUGUGACGUAUCAAAGGACGCCUCAUAACUCUUUUGAGACGUCUCAAAACUCCCGUCGCCUGCCGUUCACGUUUGAGUCCUUCGCCCCCCUGGAUUCCGCUCCCUUUACAUGCAAAGCAGAAGCAGAAGGUGGGAAGCAAGGAGAAGGGAGGGCGGAGAGGGGGAAGCGCGAGAGUGAGUGA